AUGAAGGUUCAGGGCCAACUCCAUCACUGGCAGAUAGCAGACGGCAGACGCCAGACGUCAGCACCCGCCAGCUUGACGGAAGGGACACGUUUGGAGAGGCGAAGCAACUGGGCCGCCCUAGAGGCGCGCCCCCGAUGGGCGCACUGGGACGAGAGCCUCCGUUCGGACGUGCACUUCCGGAGCUUCGCCACUAAGGAGGCGACACGUGGCAGCAUCAAGUGGCCCCCGCAAUGGAACAGCUCUCCCAUCGUCGACCCGCAGGGCCCUUUAGCGGGGGUCAGGGAACGGGCGAGAUCGGCCCCCCCGGAACGGAACAGGGAACGAGGGGAACGAAAAGCAGAGAGGGGAUCCGUGGUGCCUAGGUGGGACAAUUCCGUCGAAACCAGCAUCCGGGAGCGCACCGGAAAGGCAAAGCUCAAAGUGACCCUGCCCAAAUAUGCGGAGCCGUUCCGACCGAAGAGCGCGCCGCGGCCGUCGCGCACCGAGGUCCCCCGGUCAAAGACGCCCGUCAGCCGAUCUUGGGAAGGCCCUUUCUCGUCGGAACCCGCCGCCCCUGCAGCGACCGGAAGACACGCCCGGGCUGUCCGCACGCGGCCGCGCGCGCUCGCACCAGGGGACCUUCGCGCCUCCGCUGAGAUGUUCCGUACAGUCAGACGGAGAUCUCAGUCCCCAACGUUUCCUCGAGGAGGGAUGCAAUCGGCUGGGCAUGAGAAAGAGGUGCUCGGGAGAGCAAGAAAUGCGGGCUGCUCUCGACCGGUUUCUAAAGGAGGGCUACGUGCGCGCCAACAGAGUGCGAGCGCCGACCACAUGCCGGACUUUGACUACGGAAAGGGGACGCGGCGCGCUGCGCGGAAAGAUGACACCAGGUCUGGAAGCGAACGCGCGGGCAGGCGCAGACAAGAUUCGGUGUCAACGCCGCGCGCGAGCGUCGUCCAGGACGUCGCCGCGGCCGCAGACGCGGCGCUCGCCAAAGCCCUGUCCCUCCUCCGCCAGAGCGCGCCCCCGCCCGCGGCGCUGACUAGACCGAAAACGGCGCCGCUUAACCGGACCCCAGUGAUCUCCACAGACCUCGACCCGCCCACGAGUGCGAAGGUCAAAACGAGCGUUUCCUCCAGAGCCGAUCGUCUCGCGGCCGCGCGGCCGCGCUCGAACUUGUCGCGGCAAGCGCUCCCGGCCGUAGACGACCCCCCGGGCACAAUCGCACCCAAUUCUCAUUCUCACAACGAGCACGGUAGGAAGCUCCGGGCAAGCGACACCCCUUCGAUGAUUACACCAAAGCCAGCGGGUCUUGUGCGGCGGGUUGUUGCGUCCACGGGCGAGGGCGCCGCUGACUGCUUCGGUUUGGACAGGGCCUCGGAGUGGACGAGCGCGGCCGCGAGCGGGAGCGCGGUGUGCCUGGUUGAGCUGGCCCGGGGGGAGACGACCGGGGUGUUUGUGAAGCUCGUGGUGACGGAUCGGGAAAGGGCGCUGGGCGGGGUGCGGUUCGCGCAUGCUGCGGACUUGACGGAUGCCUUGGAGGAGGUGGGCUACGGCGACAUCCGCUUCCACGCCAAAGACAACCCGAGCCCCGCAAACCCCGUGGUCCGAACCUUCAAACUGGGAGCCAAGACCGCGAUCGGGCGUUACCUCAGCGUGACGCUAUACCCACGUCACAGCUCGCUCGCGGACACUCAAAGUGACAUCAGCGUCCAGAGGAUCUACGUCGGACGGGGCGAUCCGGCCCUGCUGUCCGAAAGCGUUCUGAUGCGGAAACCGGAGAAGAAGCUCCGGAUGGUCGGCAGCUUCCGGCACGUGUUUGUGGAGGAGACCGGCAAAGAGAAUCGGGAGGAAGGGAGUCAAGGUCAGAUCUCCGGUGCAGAUGUACCGGUCGCUGUUGACGGCUCGUGGAAUGCACCGGUCGCUUUCGACGGCCCGGGAGAUGUACCGGUCGCUUUUGACGAGUCGGUUGAUAGUUUAACACAGGCCCAAACUGCAGAACCUGGGGCAGCGGUGGCAGGGAUAGAUUCUGCUCGGCAGUCCGGCUACCGAGCGUCGAACGAGUCAAACAACGGAACGUCUCUAGCCCCUGGAGAACUUUUCCGAGUAAGCGAGUUUGGCGACCGGUCUAAGCGAGCGUCCGCCGCUGACGCCUCCGGUUAUAGUACCCGGCUGGUGGCGGUUAAAAAUAACCCGGGGAGCGCAACCGAGCGGGUUGCAUCCCCCGGGCCGGACCAGCUUGAGGAGUGGCUCGCGGGCGCUCUGCGGUUUGACAGACCGAGUUUGGAGGAACGGAUGCCGGCUUAUGUCCCGGUCGCUGACUCGGAGGCGGCGACGUAUGAGGGGCCGAACACGGGGGAUGGUCGCCUUGAUGAGGAGGAAGCGGGGGAGGAGAUUGUGGAAGAAGAAGUUCGGAGCCAAGAUGAGUCUCAAAAGUUGGACGAAGAAUGGAACGAUAUCCUAACUGGUGAAGCAUUGGAUGAUCCAGCCGCUGGAGCUGGAAUAAGUGACCGCGCUGACGGAGUAGAUGAAUGCUGA